AUGGAGCCAGCGGCGGCCAAAGACAAGGGCAGCUUCCGAAACUACACGGUGAGCACCUGCGGCCGCCCCCCACUGCACCCCUGGCUCUCCCGCCCCUGGGAAGGGCAGCAGCUGUCCCCUUGCACAGCCCCAGGGGCCACCCUGGGGAUACCCCGUUCACAUCUUGUGGGGCCAGGCCUGGGGGAGGGGGGCAGUGGCCCCCUGGGUGUGAAGGGCAGGGGUUGGCGAGCUGCCUGGCUGACCCGCCGUCUUGCAGUCCGGCCCUCUCCUGGACCGUGUCUUCACCACCUACAAGCUUAUGCACACGUGGCAGACCGUGGACUUCGUCAGGAGGAAGGUAGCUGCAAGACUCCUAACCCGAACCCCGCGAGGGCCGACCCUGGGGCUACGCUGACCUCUCCCUUACUGGCCCAGCAUGCCCAGUUUGGGAGCUUCUCCUAUAAGAGAAUGACUGUCAUGGAGGCUGUGGACAUGCUGGAUGCGCUGGUGGAUGAGUCGGACCCCGACGUGGACUUCCCCAACUCCUUCCACGCCUUCCAGACGGCCGAGGGCAUCCGGAAGGCCCAUCCCGACAAGGGUGUGCUCCCCACCCGCCCCGGCUGGUGGUGGGAGAGGGUGGAGGUCCGGCCCUCUCCCAGCAGGCCCUGCCCCCCACCCCAGCCCCAAGGCUGUCCCUCUACCCUGGCCCCGGCACCCCCUCUAGCCUGCCCUGCCCCUCUCUCUCCCCCAGACUGGUUCCACCUCGUCGGGCUCCUGCACGACCUGGGGAAGGUCCUGGCUCUGGCAGGGGAGCCCCAGUGGGCAGUCGUUGGAGACACCUUCCCAGUUGGCUGCCGUCCCCAGGGCUCUGUGCUUUUCUGUGACUCUACCUUCCAGGACAACCCUGACCUCCAGGACCCUCGGUACAGGUAUGCCUCCCUGGCCGUCGGCCCUCCCCUCUGCAGGGUGCUCCUGAGCCCCCCUCACCCUCUGUCUCUCCCUGCAGCACAGAGCUUGGCAUGUACCAGCCCCACUGUGGGCUCGAGAACGUCCUCAUGUCCUGGGGCCAUGACGGUGAGGCCAGUUAGAGGCAGGAACAGUGGGGACUGAGGUGGGGGCCGCGCCUCUGGGUGCCUGGUGGUGACACCCUCUCCCCCACAGAGUACAUGUACCAGAUGAUGAAGUUCAACAGCUUCUCCCUCCCACCGGAGGUAGGUGUGGGGGAGGAACCAAACCAAGAGCCCCGCCCAGCCUAGCCCCAGUCCGUCCCAGCGCAGCCCAGUCCAGCCCAGUCCAGCCCAGCCUGGAGCGCGGGGUGUGGUUCCUCCUGCCCCAGGCCUUCUGCAUCAUCCGGUUCCACUCCUUCUACCCGUGGCACACGGGCGGCGACUACCAGCAGCUGUGCAACGAGCAGGACUCGGCCAUGCUGCCCUGGGUGCAGGAGUUCAAGUACGGUCAUGCCCGUGGGGGGAGGCGGGGGAGGGGACUGGGCCUUCAUGGGGCUCCGUCCCUCUGCGCUGCAGCAAGUUCGAUCUCUACACCAAGAGCUCUGACCUGCCAGAUGUGGACAAGCUGCGGCCCUACUACCAGGGGCUCAUUGACAAGUACUGCCCGGGUGUCCUCCGCUGGUGACCGGCCUGCCCAGCCUGCCCACGCCCGGCUGGGUGCCCUGGGGUGACAGCCACUGUCAGGCACAGUCACGACCCACCCUGGCCCUUCUAGGGGACCCCACAUACCCAACUGCAUUCCCUGCCCUGUUGGCCCCUCUCCCCGGUUGCAAUAAAGACUUUUGAAGCAGCUCUCGUGAGGCUGACCUUCACACCCUGAUAGAGGCCGAGGCGUGUCGUGGCAGGGCAGUCACUCGUGGGGCGGGGGGCGGGAGAGGCAAGUCCGCGGUCUCGUGGACACGCGUGCCCAGCUGUUCCUGCUGCCGUAAAUGUCUUGCUUGUCCUCCCAGCUCUGGCGUCAGAACGUGGGCUCACCCUGCCCACCUCCACGUUCUGAAAACAGCCACCAAGUCCUCUGGGCUCAGAACCCUUAAAGAAAACAAUGCAAAAUACCUGACAGCUAGGAGAACGCACUACAGGAAACGUGAUAAAUGUUCAGGUUAACUGCCAUGAACAUGACCCACGAAAACACGCCAAGAAACCCUCCGUGGGCCCCAGGGUGCAGCCCUCACCUUGGCCGACAGUCACCUUCUUUGCCUUGUGGUUUCGUCCCCCAAGUGUGCACCCCUCAGGCUGCAGUUCAGCGUCAGCCUUCCCUCUACUGCCGGUUUAUUCCUUUGCAGAAAGUGGCUCAUGUGUCUACGGACUUGCUGUUGGGAUUUGCUGGUUGCGUCCCCAUGAUAUCUAUGAAUAUACUUUCCUCGGUCUUUCUUGCUAAUUGGUAAAUAAAUUUCGAGGCUUAGUCAGAUUCAGGUUUGACUUGUUGAGGGCAGGGGUGCCCUAGAGGUGGGGGCUGUGCUUUCUCAGGAAGCCCCGCUGUUUCCUGUGCUGUCAGAAGCUGCUGUGCGGCGGUUUCGGGUCUAAGAACACCCUCCACCGGAUGGAGUGAGAACAGCAAGGCUCCAGUUCCGUCCUCACUCACCUGGUAGAACCCGGCAGUAAAGAGCAGCUCCCCUGGUGCUGUUUGGUUCCUGUUUACGGAGGAAGGGGAAGUAAAUGCUCCUGUCUCUCUCUUAAUUUACCAUUUUGUAAGAGCUGGUUCCCUAGCAUCCUUCAGACAUGAUCAAGUUGUCUGUUUUGAAUAAAGAACGCGUAGAUCUCAGCAUCUUUGCGCUUCAGUGAGUUAUUCUUACUGGUUCUCAGACAGGGUCGGGGAGGGUCCUGCCUCCAUCUGACGACCCAAGGGCCUCUGGGAUGUUCUGCCGUCUGCUGUAACCAGACGCCCGACUGCUUGUUUCCUGUGUCUGCUGUAACAAAUUACCACAAGCUUGGUGGCUUAAAACAACAGAAGUUUAUUCUCUCAAGUCCCGGAAGGAAGCCAGAAGUCUGAGAUCAAUGUGUCAGCAGUGCCCCCGCCGGAGGCUCCGGGAAGAUCCAGCCUCAGGUGACAGCCAGCACACCCUGGCUGGUGGAUGCCUUUCUCUUCUCUGCCUUCACGCAGCUCCUUCUCUGUGUGUCUGUCAUCCUCUGUCCCGUUAUAGAGACACUUGUGAUGGCAUUUAGUACCUACCCAGACUACCCAGGAUGACCUCCUCAUCUCAAGGUCCAUAAUUAUACCUGCAAGAUGCUUUUUCCAAGUAAGGUUACACUCACAAGUUCCGGGGAUCGGACGUGGACAUCUUUGGAGGCCAUUUUCCAGUUUGCCCUAGACGUAGAAUUGGCCCUUUCUCCAAGGAACCUUGGUCUUGCUGACUGGGAGGUGGUAUUACAAAUCCACGUGCUGGGGCUGAAGACCCAAUCACUUCUUGAAUGUCCACUGGUUGUAGCCAUGAAAGGUGGCGUUGCCCGCUGCCCUCCCUGCCUUGCCCAGGCUGCUGUGUGGUCAGACCCUCCCGUUCCGCGCAAACCCCACCCCGGCCCUCCCUGUGUACCCCAGCCCCUCUGUGCGCUGGUGUCAGGAGAGGACGGGCUCGAGUGUGUCAAGAGGCUUUGCCCAAGCUCUUCUCCACUCGCUGUGCUUCCUUCUGGAGAAUUCCUGCCUGCCCUGGGCUCCCUCGCACCGUCCCUGGGCAGCCUUCCCAGCUGCGGCCCCCUCUCAGCCUUUGAGCUCAAGCAGGGCAGGUGCAGGGCGCCAAGGGGGUCCCUCCCUAGAGUUGCUUGUGGGGUGCAGGGGGCUCUGAGCCUGGACUGGACGUGGGCAACGGGGCCUCUCGGCCUUCCUGAGAGCAGGGAAGAGGCUGGGGUGGGGAAAGAGAAACAUGAGCCCCGGAGCUGGGGCGGGGGAUGUUUGACAGACUGCCCCUCUGGGCCUGAAGUUAUCACCCUGAAACCCCCCCGGGGGAGCCUCCCCAGUGCAGAGCAGGAGCGGCCACCUUUGCCCCUGCCCCUGGGUGCCCAGGCCUCUCUGUGGCCCUGCAGAUCCUAACCUGGCCAUCUCCAAAAAGGCCCCAGCGUGGGGGAAGGCCCCGCUGGGAGCCUCAGGGCCCUGGGGCAGCAGAGGAGCCCGCAGAGAGGAGGAGGGGCGUGGCUCUCCCUCCGGCCGCCUCCAGCCACCACCAGACCGCUGCCUCACUGCACCCGCCCCCCCUGCAGCUCCUCCUGAGCCAACCCUGGCCCCCGCCACUCCCACGGCCUGGGUCAGGCCUUCCAGCACCCUCCUAACUAGCCACGUUUCUCUGUCAAGGAGCCAGUUUCUUCUAAGAGAGUGGGAGCAAGGCGCAGAGUCUUACAGGAGUGUAGAAUUUGUUAUCCGGCCCGUUUGGGGCUGAAAGUUGGCAAUGCCCGCUGGUAAUGAAAACCUGGCGGGUUCGCGGCCUGCAGGAGCGUGGCGGCUGAUUACGGCCUUUGUGACUCUGGCCAGGCCGACGGGACUGUGACCCGGCACUAGAGGAAGGUGGCUGCUUCCAAGGGCACUGAUGGCCUAAGAAAAUACAACAGUGAGUUCAAAGCCCUGAAUGUCAGGCUCA